AUGUUGCAAGCCAAAAGUGGGGUGAGAAUCGCCACCAGAAAUGUUGCUCUGUUUUCGAAAAGAUUCCAGAGCACUUCUUCUGGAAUUUGGACUGACUUUUCCAAAAGACUGGCUUCGUUAAAGUUGAACUCGCCAGAAGUCAAGCAAGGAUUGUUGCACAAGAUUAACCCUGAAGAGGGCCCAGCUUCUAUUUCGGACUACAACAGAAGAUUGGCAUAUCAUUCACCAGAAGACAUUGACGAGACUUUCAAACAGGCAUACGAGCUCUUGCAACAGGAAGCUGAAGUCAAGUACAAAGAAAUCGAAGGUUACAAGAAGAGGUUGGGUGAAGCCAAAAGCACUAAAGAAGUCGAAUUUUUGAAAAAGUCCAUCGACAAAUUGUUAGUCGAUGCCGAAGUUAAGAACCCUGAAGUCUUGUACAAUGUUGAGUAUACUGAUGUCGAGUUGCUCGACAAGUCUCAACCAGUCUACAGACACUUGUUGAAAGAAAAAUGGGAAGCAUACGACUUGAUGAUCACCAUGCAGAGAUUGGAACAACUCCACAUGAUUCCAGACACUUUGCCCACCUUGGAUCCUAAAGUCGACGUAAAAGUUAAGUUCCCUCAUAACGUCAAAGAAGAAUUCGCUGACUGGGUGGUACCAGGCACUGUCUUACCUGCCUUUGCUGUAUCUCAACCUCCCACUAUCCAAAUCCAGGAGUUUGAGACUGUAGAAGAAAAGAACUUGUACUCUAUAGUCUUGGUCAACCCAGACACUCCAGACUUGAAGACCAACUCCUACUCUACUACCUUGCAAUACGGAUUGGCUAACGUUCCAUUGGACAACGUAGACAACGUCAUAGAUACCAGCAAGCUCUUUAGCCAGGGUGAAAAAUUCACCUUCAAGGACUAUCAGCCCUUGGUGCCUGAGAAGAAUGCCCAAACUCAGAGAGCUUGUUUGUGGGUAUUCAGACAAUCUGAAGAGUUGACUCUUGGUGACAUUGCCAGAGAGAACUUCGACAUUAGAGAUUUUGCCCUGAAGAAUAAUUUAACUGCUGUAGGUGCCCAUAUCUGGAGACAACGCUUCGACAGAAGUGUCAACUAUGUGAGGAACAAGUACGGCUUGGGUGAGGGAAGAGUGUUCCGUAGAGUUCGUGGUACUGCUCCCGUGGUGUAAAUGUAUAUAGCAUAUUGUAAAUAGUCAAUGUAUAAAGUCACUAAAAG